UCACACCCCAUUUCGUGGAAGAAUCAAAACAAACCAAGGAGUGGAAAUAUCAAUUCCCUAUAGAACAAAGGACAGACGGCGAAAGAAAGGAGACAAGACAUAAUUUUCUUACACGAAUUGUAACUAACAAUAAAAGUACUUUAAUUGAUUACAAAUUUCAUUGAAAACAACAGUUUCAGCUCAAGGAGUGAAGAAUCCAAGGAAAACCCAUUUCAUUUCUUGUAUAACAUUGCACAAAGAGAGCAAUUUUGACCCGAAAGGAAGGCCUCUCUGUAACUCUUUGGUUUAAUAAAAGCAAUGGAUGCGAAACUUAAGAGGAGAACUUUUGUAGAGAAUGGGGAUGGAGGAGAGGACUUAGUGCUUGCGACUUUGAUUGGAAAUGGGGAGGAUUUGGGUCCGAUUGUCAGGCAUGCAUUUGAAAUGGGGCGGCCUGAAUCGCUGUUUCAUCAGCUCAAGUCUGUUGUGAGGAAGAAGGAAGUUGAAAUUGAGGAGCUGUGCAAAAGCCAUUACGAGGAAUUCAUUCUUGCAGUUGAUGAACUUCGUGGUGUAUUGGUUGAUGCUGAAGAGUUAAAAAGUGAGCUUGCAAGUGAGAAUUUUAGAUUGCAAGAAGUUGGGAGUGGUCUUUUGAUCAAACUCGAGGAACUCCUUGAAUCUUAUUCGAUUAAGAAGAAUGUGGCCGAAGCUAUUAAAAUGUCAAAGGUAUGCAUUCAAGUUCUGGAACUCUGUGUCAAGUGUAACAACCACAUGUUGGAAAGCCAGUUUUACCCAGCAUUGAAAACAGUGGAUCUGAUUGAGAGGACUUACUUGCACAACAUCCCUAUGAAGGCACUUAAAAUGGCCAUAGAGAAGACAAUUCCAGUAAUAAAAUUGCAUAUCGAGAAGAAAGUUACUAGUCAGUUUAAUGAAUGGCUAGUUCAAAUAAGGAGUUCUGCUAAAGAUAUUGGACAAACAGCAAUAGGUCAUACUUCAUCAGCCCGUCAAAGAGAUGAGGAAAUGCUGGAACGUCAGAGAAAAGCUGAGGAACAGAACAUUCCGGGGUUAGGAGAUUUUGUAUAUACUCUGGACGUUGCGGAAACCGAUGAAGAUUCUGUUGUGAAGUUUGAUCUUACUCCUGUUUUUCGGGUUUAUCAUAUUCAUGCUUGCCUGGGAAUCCAAGAGCAGUUCCGUGAAUACUACUAUAAGAAUAGGUUAUUGCAACUCAAUUCAGAUUUGCAAAUCUCUACUACUCAACCAUUUGUUGAAUAUUAUCAAACAUAUUUGGCUCAAAUUGCUGGUUACUUCAUAGUGGAGGAUCGGGUUUUAAGAACUGCUAGGGAUCUUCUGUCAGCAAAUCAGGUUGAGACAAUGUGGGAAACGACUGUAGCUAAAAUGACAUCUGUUCUGGAUGAACAGUUUUCCCAUAUGGAUUCUGCGACUCAUCUUCUGCUGGUGAAGGAUUAUGUCACUCUUCUCGGAGCAACUCUUAGACAAUAUGGGUAUGAAGUUGGCCAAAUUCUUGAGGUUCUUGAUAGUAGUCGAGAUAAGUAUCAUGAGCUUCUUUUGGGAGAAUGUCGGGAGCAAAUUGUUAAUGCUCUUGGAAAUGACACCUAUGAGCAGAUGGUAAUGAAAAAGGAUACUGAUUAUGAGAAUAAUGUCCUCUCAUUUCAUCUUCAGACCUCCGAUAUAAUGCCUGCUUUCCCAUAUAUUGCACCAUUCUCCUCCAUGGUACCUGAUACUUGCCGCAUCGUUAGAUCUUUCAUCAAAGGUUCUGUUGAUUACUUGUCAUAUGGGGUGCAUACUAAUAUUUAUGACGUUGUGAGAAAAUAUUUGGACAAGCUCUUGAUUGAUGUGUUAAAUGAAGUUAUACUUAGCACAAUCCAUGGUGGUGCAGUUGGUGUGUCUCAAGCCAUGCAGAUUGCCGCCAACAUAUCUGUUCUUGAGAGAGCUUGUGAUUUUUUUCUUCGACAUGCAGCCCAACUAUGUGGAAUCCCUAUCCGAUCAGUUGAGAGGCCUCAAGCUAGUUUGACUGCCAAGGUGGUCCUAAAAACUUCAAGGGAUGAAGCUUAUAUUGCUCUGCUGGAUCUGGUGAACAACAAGUUAGAUGGAUUGAUGGCACUUACUGAAAAUAUCAAUUGGACCUCAGAGGAAACGCCACAAAAUGGGAAUGACUAUAUUAAUGAGGUGGUUAUUUACCUGGACACCAUUUUGUCAACAGCACAACAAAUUCUGCCCUUGGAUGCCCUACACAAAGUUGGGAGUGGUGCCCUUGAGCACAUUUCCAAUUCCAUUGUUGGGGCAUUUCUUAGUGAUAGUGUAAAGAGGUUCAAUGCUAAUGCAGUCCUAUCUCUCAACAUUGAUUUGAAGUUGUUAGAGGAUUUUGCUGACGACAGAUUUCAUAGCACUGGGCUGAGUGAAAUACACAAGGAAGGUAGCUUUAGAGGCUGCUUGAUAGAAGCACGACAGUUGAUUAACCUUUUGUCAAGCAGCCAGCCAGAGAACUUCAUGAAUCCUGUGAUAAGGCAGAAAAACUAUGAUGCUUUGGAUUAUAAGAAGGUGGCCAGCAUCUGUGAGAAAUUCAAGGAUUCCCCUGAUGGAAUCUUUGGUAGCCUUUCAACCAGAAAUACGAAGCAAAGUGCACGGAAGAAAUCAAUGGACAUGCUGAAGAAAAGAUUGAAGGACUUCAAUUGAGAAGGCUUCAGGAUCUGUCUGCAUUAGAAGUAGCUUCUCUAUGUUAAUUUUCUAGGCUAUCUCCUUCCAAUUACACGUUCUCUUCUUUCUUCCUUUUUUUUCCCUUUCUUUUUCUCAUUGUUGUGAUUUAGAAUGCAAUGGAUUCUUUAAUUUUGUACCGAUUAAAUUCUUAUAAUAAAGCUUCUAUAUUGACCUUUGA